CCCGCCGGGGAGGGGCGGCGGCGCAGGCGGCGGCGGCGGCGGCCCGGUGGGCGCGCGCCAGGCCAGCAGCGAUGGCGGCGGCGGCAGAACGGAGCCGCCUCAGCUUCCCGGGCGGUGCCGGGGCCCUGGGGCGGCCCGUGCCUAUGAACCUUUUCGCCACCUGGGAGAUCGACGGUUCCAGUCCGAGCUGCGUCCCCAGGUUGUGCAGCUUGACAUUAAAGAAACUGGUAGUCUUAAAGGAAUUGGAUAAGGAGCUUAUUUCUGGGGUCAUUGCUGUCAAAAUGCAGGGCUCCAAGCGCAUCCUGCGGUCUCACGAGAUUGUAUUGCCCCCGAGUGGACAUGUGGAGACGGAGCUUGCGCUGACCUUCUCCCUGCAGUACCCUCACUUCUUGAAGAGAGAAGGCAACAAGCUUCAGAUCAUGCUGCAACGGCGGAAGCGGUACAAGAACCGAACUAUUUUAGGCUACAAGACUUUGGCUGUGGGGUCUAUCAACAUGGCUGAGGUCAUGCAGCACCCAACAGAAGGUGGCCAGGUUCUGAGCCUUUUCAGCAACAUCAAAGAGGCUGCAGUGAAGGUAGCAGAAAUCUGGAUCUUCUCCUUGUCAAGUCAGCCAAUUGACCAUGAAGACAGUACUAUGCAGGCCAGCCAGAAAAUCAAGUCUACAGACAACUAUUCCGAGGAAGAGUACGAGAGCUUCUCUUCUGAGCAGGAGGCCAGUGAUGAUGCCGUACAGGGCCAGGAUUUGGAUGAUGAUGAGUUCGAGCUGGGGAAGCCCAAGAAGCAGCGGAGAUCGAUAGUAAGAACGACGUCCAUAACCAGGCAACAAAACUUCAAACAGAAGGUUGUGGCAUUGCUGAAGAGGUUUAAAGUGUCUGACGAGGUUCUGGAUUCAGAGCAGGACCCAGCGGAGCACGUUCCAGAGGUGGAAGAGGACUUGGACCUUCUGUAUGACACACUGGAUAUAGAGAACCCCAGUGACAGUGGGCCAGAAAUGGAGGAUGAUGACAGUGUCUUGAGCACUCCAAAGCCAAAGUUAAAACCUUAUUUUGAAGGACUGUCACACUCCAGCUCUCAGACAGAAAUUGGUAGCAUCCACAGCAUCAGGAGCCAGAGAGAGCCAUCAAGUCCUCAGGUAGAAGUGCCUGAAAAGACAAAGAGUCUUGGAACCAAACAUGCAGGCGACAGUAUUUCUGACACUGUCUCUUAUGAGUCUAACCAGCAAGCCGAGGUCCAAGAAGCUGAACUUCCCACACCUGAUGUGUUUGUUGAGAAGCUCCCACCCAGCGGGAAGAUCACCAAGACUGAGUCCCUCAUUAUCCCGUCCACCAGCAGGUCUGAAGGGAAGCAGACGGGACGUCGGGGAAGGAGCACAUCUCUGAAGGAGAGGCAGCCAGUGAGGCCGCAGAACGAGAGAGCAAACAGUCUGGACAAUGAACGCUCUCCAGACACCCGGCACCACUUACAGAUCCCCAGGAAAACCGUGUAUGACCAACUAAAUCACAUCCUAGUUUCCGAUGACCAGCUGCCGGAAAACAUUAUUCUUGUCAAUACUUCUGACUGGCAAGGCCAGUACCUAUCAGAUGUCUUGCAAAAGCAUACCUUGCCAGUGGUCUGCACAUGCUCCUCAGCUGAUAUUCAGGCAGCUUUCAGCACUAUUGUCUCCAGGAUACAGAGAUACUGUAACUGCAAUUCGCAGCCUCCAAACCCAAUUAAAAUUGCAGUGGCCGGAGCCCAGAAUUACCUCAGUGCUGUAUUGAGGCUCUUUGUAGAGCAGCUGUCUCACAAAACCCCAGACUGGCUCGGCUACAUGAGAUUUUUGAUCAUCCCUCUAGGCUCUCAUCCAGUGGCCAAGUAUCUGGGGUCUGUAGAUUAUAGAUACAACAACUUCUUCCAAGAUCUAGCCUGGAGGGAUCUGUUCAACAAACUUGAAGCACAGACCACUGUUCCAGAAACACCUGAUGUUGUCUCCAGGAUAACGCAGUAUAUAGCAGGGGCGAACUGUGCACACCAGUUGCCCAUUGCUGAAGCAAUGCUGACAUACAAGCAGAAAAGGAAAAAGAGCUUUCAUUUUGAUUUUACCAUAAGCCCUGAUGAAGAAUCUUCACAGAAGUUCAUUCCCUUUGUCGGGGUGGUGAAGGUUGGAAUAGUGGAACAAUCUUCUGCAACGUCAGGUGACUCUGAUGACGCAGCUCCCUCGAGCUCCAGUGUCCUUUCUUCUACCCCACCUUCUGUGUCUCCUGCUGUGAAAGAAGCCUCCCCCACACCACCUUCCUCACCGUCUGUCACAGGCAGCUUCUCAUCCUCAAGCCAGAGCCUUGGUGCUGAGUUGAUGGGCCUGCAGGUGGAUUACUGGAUUGCAGCUCCACCCAUGGACAGAAAGAGAGACCCGGAGAAGAAGGACCCCUCCACUACCAAAAACACACUGAAAUGCACUUUCCGGUCCCUCCAGGUCAGCAGGUUACCUGCCAGCGGUGAGAUUGCCACCACUCCGACAAUGUCCAUGACUGUUGUGACAAAAGAGAAGAACAAGAAAGUGAUGUUUUUGCCCAAGAAGACAAAAGACAAGGAGGUUGAGUCAAAGAGCCAGUGUAUUGAAGGAAUCAGCAGGUUGAUUUGCACAGCAAAACAUCAGCAGAACAUGCUGCGUGUCCUGAUCGAUGGGGUGGAGUGGAACGACGUCAAGUUCUUUCAGCUGGCAGCACAGUGGUCCUCCCAUGUCAAGCACUUUCCCAUCUGCAUAUUUGGACACUCCAAAUCUAACUUCUAGCUGUGCUUGGUGGAGGGACCUUCUGUCCGUCCCGGGGACUGCACACCAGGAGCCAGGAAUUGCGUGCCAACUCUGACUCGCGUCGCUCUGCCCUCUCCUGCAGAAUUAAUUACAGAUGUGCUUGGAUUACCUUUGAAUUACUUUUUUCUAUUAACUCUUAAGUUUACUACAAGGGAAGGAAACCCCUUUAAACAAAGGCAAAAAAACCCAGUCUUAAAUAUAGAUGUGCUGACAACAUGAAGUCGUGGGGGAGUUGGCAGGAGCAGGCAACCUGCCCAAGAACACCUACCACUUAUGAGCAGAUAGCUGAAUAACUGCACUGCUUAUUAACCUGAGACCUCAUUGGUGUGAAUGGGCUGGGGGAGCCGUGGAUCAGCUCAAACAGAUUUUUGCGGAAGAUCAUGCGCAUUACGGUGCAUUUGGCCCCCUCCCUCUGUAUUUCUAGGAAAAAAACAUGGCCAGUCUUUCUUCCUGCUGCCAAAGGAUGAGAGAUCAGCAAGUCUGGAGGGAGUUCAACUGUCCAGUUUAAAAAACAAACCACUCGCAUAGCUAGGGAGGUCUGGAGAGGACAUCCCCUUUGGAGUGUGGAGUCUGCCAUGGGGAUAGACAGGUGUUUGUGCUGAAGCAAUGCCUGAGGAGGGUUGUGCAGCAACAGGAGUUAGGGAAACACUAGGUGUAAGGAAACUCCAGUGUCCCAGGUCUGUGACAAUGACCAAACCAAGCCAGUCACAAUGUCCCCGCAGCUGGCUGCGCUGCUGAGGGACGCCGCGUCAGUGGGGUCGCUGCUAUUUACAUACUCACACCAAUUAUUUACCUGUCAAUAAAACCUCGUCCAGCCUCUAAAGGGAAAGGAUUUUUUUUAACAGCUGCAGAUUUUUUUUAAUGCUUUCUAAAAAAAAAAAAAAAAAAAAAAAAAAAAGAGGGGAAAAAAAUUAAGUUGCCAAAAAAACGAACCCAGGAAGAUGAGCCGUUGUCUGUGAAGUGAUACAUCACUGUAGUGGCUGGACCAGGAGCCAGCCAGGCGCUCUGCAUGUCCAGCUGCCUUCCCGUCCAUCUGUCAAACUGCACAUGUGAGGUAGCGUGGGCUGCUUUAUCUGCUGCCUUUGUCCUGCCCUGACCUCACUGUGCUCCCCAGAGCCUGCUGCCGUCUCCCUCAUGCACCUCUCCAGGAUGGGUGCAGACUGCCUGGCUUCAGGGCCACUGCAGAAGUGCAUUUUCACCAUGCCAUUGAACCACCCAGGACCUCUCCUCAAAGGGACUGAGAGACUGUAACAAAACUGAAGGGUGCUGGGGGUAGGCAGUCUCCCGCAGGCUGCUUUGUAGAUGGACGUUGUCCUUACCUUCUGCUUUCUAAGUGUUCCUCCCCACAGGCAUUUCUCUGUGGAUUGCAUCCCUUCCUCAGCAGGAUAUGCUUUUGCCCUGGCACAGCAUUGCUUAUGGGUUGAGGCUGUGCUGGGGGUUUCAGUCCCAAGGUGCAGUGGAAGCUGUAGCUAGGACGUGAGAGAGGAUGAAGCCAGCCCAGGUUCUCUGUCCACCUCGGGCCGCAAGACAUCCUGUGAGAUGGAGGAGUGAGAUUUUUGGGUGUCUUGCACUGUUGGCUUGGCUCUGGCUGCACUUGUGUUCACUUCAUACACCUUGCUGCUGUCAGGGACACUUGGGGUGCCAGGACAAGGGGAUGCUCUUACAAGGAGACAGCGUGACAAGCUGCAGGUCUGGGUGGCUCUGGGUGCUGCAGAUGUGUCCUUUUGCUCUCUAGGCUUCCCAAGGCAUGCCUGGGAGGGACUGGGAGCAGGUGGCUGCUGGGGUUUGGGGAGCAGAAUGUGCUUGCCAUGUGGAAGAACAGACAUCUCUGGAAUUUCAGGGUAAGGGACUAAAGUUUUUGAUGGGGUGGGUCCUUUUGGGUCCCACCCUUGUGGACAGGCCAGGCUCUGUGAGCAUUUCCAGAAGGCACUUUCUGAGGGCAGUAAUGCUUUUGAACUUUUUGGUGGCUGGCUCUGGGGGGUUUUUUUGUUUUGUUUUGGUUUGUUUUUUUUUUUUUGCCUGAUCCCUUACCCUUGGGUUUUUAAAGGCUUUGGAAACCCGCUUUGCCCUGCUUAGCAGGUCCUGCUCUGUACAGGGACUGCCCAGGUUCUUUUGGGCAGGGCAGUGGUGGUGUGCUCAGUUAGGCCUUCUCCUGCUGAUGGGGAGUGAGGGAUUAUUAGGCGAGAGUGUGGUCCCUGCUGGAUCUAGUGCCUGUUGCAGCUCACAGCACGGGCUGCUUCACCAACUCUGAUUUCAUGAAACCCUUUCCCAGCAGAAGUACAACCUACUUGGCGAGGGACUGGAUAUUCCCUUCAAACCACACAGGGGAGGAGGAUAUGGUCCCAUGUCCGGUGGCACGCUGCUAGGCAGGACAUAUUGUCUAGUUGCAAUACUCUGUUUCUUCCUGCAGUCUGCUAGCUCUUGGCUGUGGCAGAAGCUCGGCUGUAGUUUGAACGUUGUUGUGUCCAUCAGUUCAUGCUUUUUCGGUUGACCUGAGCUGAUGCUCUGGGACUGUAUAGCAUUGCCUAGCAACGGUAGCGUGGGAGAUGGUGUAUAAGCACAUCACUUCUUUUUCUUUAUUGAGGCUGUUGCAUCAAAAAAAAAAGCUUUUUAAAGGAAAUUAGUCAGUGUGUGAUUUCUUCCUCAAGUCUCACACUGGUGUGACGAGUGAUUGGGCUGGGUUCCAGCACCAGGAGCCGCACGCAGCCUGGGCAGCUCUCAGUGCUGGAGCGUGUUACUGCUGGAGAGGUGGGGUGGACUGACCAACUGCAAUAACUUUGUUUACUGGGGGGGUGAGGGGGGAACCAUCACUGUGCUCCUCUUUGUAUUUCAACCUACUGUAAAGAAACAAAUGGUAGCUAGGACAGGAUUUCCAGGGUCCUGCCUGUCAAAUGUGUGUUGCCCUGCUCUACUCUGUGUGUGUGUGUGUGUGAGAGAGAGAGAGAGAGAAACUCUUCUGCUCAUUGCAUUUCAUGUUGGUUUGUGUUUUGUUCUAACUUCAUACAUGCGAAUUCACCAGGAAACUUUCUGUAUGCCUGAGACCUGAGGGCUUGCAUCUCUGCAGGGUUUCUCCCCUGUGCAAAGAUGCUGUUGCUCUGAAAUGCCCCUUCUGUGCAAGGAAACAUCCCAGCUUCUCAGCCUUGUCCUCCUGGAGCCCAGCAGUGUCAGGCUGGGUCUGCUUGUGGGCAGCUCUGUGCCCAGGGGGUGGCUGUGGUGUUUCCCAGCCUUGGAGGCAAGGGCUGGCAUGUGAGUUUGGUGGUGCUGCUCUGGUCAGGGUGUUGUGCCUCUGUUGUUUCUCUUGUAUCAUGUGGAGCCACUUUGUGCAGCUGUUUCUGUCCCUGACUGUAGGAGAAACAGGUUUCUGUCUCUAAGGAAAAUGAGCGUCAAAGCAUGCAUGUGGCUCAGACCAUUUUGGGAAGGGGCUUUGCACCUGGUGACAUGAAUGAGUGACUGAUCUCGGAUCUCCCAGCUCCCCAACAGUUUCCUGGGGCACCCUGCCGCGAGCAAGCCCCGCCGGCCAGAGGGAUCCCUGCUGCAAGGCCAGGGAGAGCUGCUGGGGCAGCAGUGGGCCUGUGCCUGCAGAGCUGUGCCAGCCUGGAGGAAUUAGGUGGUUGCAUGCAAGUCAGUGAGUGCAGGACGGCUUAGAGCAGAGACAGCACUGCUCUCUGUUUGGCUCUUGAGAGUUUUGGUGAGGAAGGUGCAACUCGAACGAAGAAACACAGUGGCAUUAUCUUGCCUGCCUGCAUUAGACAGGGCUUGCUUUGGAGCUUUGUGGUCUGACAGCAAAGGCAGGGGCUGGAGCAGGCAGCAUCUGAGCUGAUCUCUGGCUGGGAGGUGCUUUGAAGGUGGUGUCCCCUGGUGUCCCUGUCCCUUUGUGUCCCAGAGCUCACCCCUGCUCCCCACAGAGCUUGUUAUCUCCUGCUCCCCUGGCUGUGGCUUCUCAAAGCAGCCGGUUUCUUUUCCAGCUGCUCUUAGGCGAAGGGCCCCCGCCUUGCUCAGAGGUGAGGUCUCGGGGACAGGCUCACUGCUGCAUUGGGCUGUGUGACGCUGACCUAGUUUAACAGUGCUGGCGAGCAGAUGAAAGAUGGAAGGUUUUUGUGGCGUCAUGUUGCACCUUGAGUGCUUCCUGGUCCUCUGGGUUGAGUUUCCUGGAGACAAAGGCUGGACCUCAGCCCUGAGAGCGUUCAAUCAGGGCUGGCUUUCCUGCUGUGCUGGUGAAUUUGUAGACAUCUUGAUGUUUUAGCUCAGCGUUGCAGUUUCCAUCCAGUUCAACUGUUACCGGUUACAUCUCAGCAGUAACUGCAGAGUCCUCCUUAAUUACAUAUGAGUUUGGGGAGAGCCACUGUCUCUUUGGCUGUGUUUUGCUGCUUUAAUUAGUAUGUGCUUAUGGCUUCAUCCUGCAGAGAAGGCAGGGGUAGGUGGCUGGGAGGAGGUUUUUGGGGCUGGAGGAGAUGUGCCUGUUUGCUUUCCAUCAUCAAACUCAGCAGACUGCCCUGUGCUUAAGCUGUGAUUGCAGCAAAGGCCCUGUCGUGUUUCUCACCAGCAGCAUGUGCUGGAGGGAGCACUGGAGAGCUGGGGUGGAGGGCAUUGCAUCUGGCACCUCCAAGUUUAAAAAGAAAAUCCUGGUGAGAGGCAGCAGAGCUGGUGGCCUUCUCCUGCUGCUUGGUGUGCAGAGGGAUUGGGAGGGCUGGGAUUAGGGCAGUCCUGCCAUGCAGUGGUAAAGGGCUGGGGGCCCUGGAGCUUUCUUGAAGCUAGGUUGGAUGCAGUGCCUCUGUCCUCUUUGUUCAGGGGGUCUCAAUCUCGGCGGAUAGCUGUGUGGUGAAAUUUUAGUGUGAUACUCCCUCUGGGCUCAUCUGGCAGGGAGAAGGCCAGAAAUGAGCCCUAGCAUCUCCCAGAGGUUUCCUGGAACCUCUUCAGUGGGGUUCUCAUGGGAGAUGCUACUGGCAGGGCUGGCUGCUGCACGGUCACUCGGCUGCUUUGGGACAGACUGGGGGAGAAGGGGACAUGCCAGCUUGGAAAGCAGCAGGUCACUGGUUUCCUUAAGGAAGAGCCACCAGUAUGGGGCCACAUCCAGUCAGCUGCUGCUUUGCACCUUGGCUGGAGGGUUGCCAGAGCGUUGCCUGCCUGGUUGGGUACAUGCCAUGGCCACAGGGAAGUGCAUUGCGAGCAUGGGUACCAGUGCUGCGUGCUGCCAGCCUUGUCUGGACUGCAGCGUACGAGGGGACGUUACCACUCUGUAGAUUCCUGAGUUGUCCAUCUGUUUCAUUGUUGUAUUGUUUGGGUUCUAGGUUUGGUUUUUUUUUUUUUAUGAAGACAGAUUAAAUGUAAAUAGCCUUUUUUUUUUUGGAACAAACUGCAACGUGCUCGACCUCGUCAACUAUUUUAUGGUACUAAUGCAACACUAAUAAAACUGGACAUGAAAGCACA